CAGCGAUGUACAGCAGUAUAUGUAUCUGCGUGUUCCUUGCUGUGCUCUCAGCGAGCUCUUUCGGACAGCAAACGGUGGGCUCGCACAAUGGGAAUCCACUGGCUGCUGAGCUUGAGCAGAGCUUGACAGAGCAUCACCGGCACGUCCGUGCCCCUUCGUCUGCUGGCCCGCUGAAAGCUGUGCCGCGGCUGGAUGGAAGCAUCGAGCAAAGAGCUAACAUCGGCGCCUUGUUGGCCAAGUAUCUCCAGCAAGCCAGAAAAGGUCCCACUGGAAGGCUCUCAGUUAUGGGAAACAGGGUACAGAGCAUUGACCCUACGCACAGGAUAAAUGACAGAGACUACAUGGGCUGGAUGGAUUUUGGACGCCGCAGUGCUGAAGAGUACGAGUACUCUUCCUGAAGAACAGCAAACUAUAGCAACAGAAAAAAAAAAUCACACUCCCAUGUCUGUACAGAAAGAGAAGAAUUAAUUUGUUGUCCUCUUCGAAUCGGUGUUUUAAAAUAUAUCAUGUAUUUGAUGUAAAUUUGUCUGUAAGACUAUACAAUGCAAUAUAUACAUAUGCAGAAUUUUCCAGAAAAAUGUUUUCUUUCUUUUGUGGUUUCUCAUACAUUGAUAUUAUAUUAAAAUGAUUUCACUUAUCCCUUCUUGUCCUG